GAGGAACGGACGAGCAUCGGCAGGUCAGCCAGAUUGGGAACUAGACUAUUUAAUACGUUGUCUGUCUGUAUAUGUUUAAGUAUCUUCUGUCUCUGUCUCUGUCUCUGUCUUCUGUCUUCUCCUUCUAUCUUCUAUCUUCUGUCUUCUCCUUCUAUCUUCUAUCUUCUCUCUUCUUCUCUUCUAUAUUCUCUUCUCCUCCUCCCAAUGCUGCAGAUCCAGAAAUACACCCCCCCCCUCCUGGUGGCCUCGUACUUCAUCACAUCGGUGUGCAUCUACACGGUGUGCACGGCCAAGCUGCUGCAAGUGUUCUGGUUCAUCUGCCUGUGCACCAACUUCUAUGUCGCGGGCAACUCGGUGAUCGAGGCGUUCAUGGGGAUCGCCCCCCUCCGCGACGCGCGCCAGGCCAGCGCGCGGCUGGAGGCAAAGGAGUGGCAGUUCCCGACGCCGGACGAGCAGCUGCUGCACCUGGACCUGAUCAUCGUGGCGUAUCUGCCAAAUGAGCAGGACAUCAUCCUGGACCGGGUGCGGUACGCGCUGGAGCAGAUCCAGUAUCCGGCGGACAAGCUGAGCAUCAAUGUGCUGUACAACACGCCGCACGCGAUCGAGCCGCUGGAGUCGCAGCUGCAGGGGCUGGCUGAACAGCAUCCGGCGCGGCUGCGGGUGAUGAGCGUGCCCAACUCGAGCUCCAAGGCGGACAACCUCAACUACUUCCUGUCGCGCGGGCUGGCCAAGGACAUCGUCGCCAUCUUCGACUGCGACCACUACCCGCACCCGUACGGCCCGCGCUGGGCGAUGGAGCGGCUCACCACCCGGCCGGGCGUGGACAUUGUGCAGGGCCGCUGUGUGAUCUUCAACGCCGCGCACUCGCUGCAGACCGCCAUGGUGGCCGCCGAGUUCGACAAAAUCUACGCCGUCUCGCACCCGGGCCGCUCGGCGCUGUGGGGGUUUGGCCUGUUCACUGGCUCCAACGGCUUCUGGCGCGCGACGCUGCUGACGGAGCUGCGCAUGGACGACUCCAUGCUGACCGAGGACAUCGACUCGACCCUGCGCGCCCUCUCGCGCGGCGCCUGCAUCGAGCACGACAUGAACGUCGUCUCGUACGAGCUGGCGCCCGUCUCGCUGCACGCCCUCUGGAACCAGCGCCUGCGGUGGGCCCAGGGCUGGGCCCAGGCGAGCCUGCGCCAUCUGCGCCUGGCCUGGACGGGCAAGGAGGUGCAGCGCAGCGGCCGCAUGCGCUUUGGUUUGUUGUCGCUGUUGUUGGUGCGUGAGCUCAGCUACUACCUUAUCACGCAGUAUGUGUGUCUCGUCGCCAGCGUGGUGAUCACGCAGUUCCCCAAGACUGCCCAUGCCUGGGCGGUUCUUAUCUAUUUCCAGUAUCCUGUGUCUCAGUGGCUGUUCAUCAUCAGUGUGUCGUGUCUUCUGGCGACCCUGUGGAUCACCCACCGGGCCAAAUCCGAGUUCAUCGACCCCUGGAUGAUCGUGGUCUUCUCGGUAACGUACCCCGUCUAUCUGGUCAUCACAGCCGUGGUGGGGUUGUAUGGCCACGCACGCCUGGUCAGCCGCUACUCAGCCUGGAACCCGACGGCGAGAGGAUAGAGGGGAAGAUUACCCGAGGAGGAGGACUGGAUGAGAUAGGCUGCGUUCAUUAUGCAGCUUAGAUGCUGAAUUAAGUUUGUGAUCUAUGCAUAGACAUGGUGUGAUCUAUAGAUGCAUCAACAGUAGAGCAUG